CAGAGCCAGGAUGAGUCUGUUUGGAUCAACGUCAGGGUUUGGUACCGGAGGCACGAGCAUGUUCGGCGGUACAACUGCAGAUAACCAUAAUCCAAUGAAGGAUAUUGAAGUAACAUCUCCACCUGAUGACAGCAUAUCUUGUUUAGCAUUUAGUCCACCAACAUUGCCGGGUAAUUUCCUCAUUGCAGGAUCAUGGGCAAAUGAUGUUCGCUGCUGGGAAGUUCAAGAUAAUGGACAGACAAUUCCAAAGGCUCAGCAGAUGCACACAGGGCCUGUAUUAGAUGGCUGCUGGAGUGAUGAUGGGAGUAAAGUAUUUACUGCUUCCUGUGAUAAAACUGCCAAAAUGUGGGAUCUCAACAGUAAUCAAGCUAUCCAGAUUGCACAACAUGAUGCUCCUGUGAAGACUAUCCACUGGAUUAAAGCACCAAAUUAUAGCUGUGUGAUGACAGGAAGCUGGGAUAAAACUUUGAAGUUCUGGGAUACCCGUUCACCAACACCCAUGAUGACAUUGCAGCUCCCUGAAAGAUGUUAUUGUGCAGAUGUGGUUCAUCCUAUGGCUGCUGUGGCCACUGCAGAAAGGGGUUUGAUAGUUUAUCAGUUAGAGAACCAACCUUCUGAAUUUAGAAGAAUAGAAUCUCCUCUUAAACACCAGCAUCGCUGUGUUGCUAUUUUUAAAGACAAAGUGAAUAAACCUACUGGAUUUGCCCUUGGAAGUAUUGAAGGAAGAGUAGCUAUUCAUUAUAUCAACCCCCCAAAUCCUGCAAAAGACAAUUUCACUUUUAAAUGUCAUCGCUCCAAUGGAACAAACACAUCAGCACCUCAGGAUAUUUAUGCUGUAAACGGGAUAGCAUUUCACCCUGUCCAUGGCACUCUUGCAACAGUAGGAUCCGAUGGUAGAUUCAGCUUUUGGGAUAAAGAUGCACGAACAAAGCUAAAAACAUCAGAACAGCUUGACCAGCCAAUAUCUGCUUGUUGUUUCAACCAUAAUGGCAAUAUAUUUGCAUAUGCUUCCAGUUACGAUUGGUCAAAGGGUCAUGAAUUUUAUAAUCCACAAAAGAAAAACUACAUUUUUCUGCGAAAUGCAGCAGAAGAGUUAAAGCCGAGGAAUAAGAAGUAG